UGAUGAUUAUCAUAAUCACGAAGAGUUAAAUAAUAGUAUGGAUAGAAUAAUUAAAUUUGGCAGUAUGCCUUCAUAUAAAGAAGAUAAAAUAAAACAAUUGAAACGAACAGCUGAUACACUUCCUCCUUUUAAAUCAUUAAAAAAUGUACAAUCAAUAAGUACAAGUGAAAAUACUGUCUAUUUAACAGAUUCAACAGACAUAACUGUUAAUUUAACAAAUUCUGACUUAAAUGUACCAAUUUGUGGUACAUAUACAUCUUCACUUAUUGAACCUAUUGUUGUGAAUAAUAAUAAUAGUAAUAAACAUAAUAUUAAUCAAACAUCUACAUUAUGUGGAUCAGUCAGUGUAACAUCACCGCCAAUAACAACAAUAACUGCUAUUACUUCAUUAAUAUCAUCAUCAUCAUCAUCUACUGUACCUCCGUUAUUUCCAUUCUAUUCAACUGCAUACUCGAAAUCGGUUUCACCUAUGACUUAUUUACCAAAUGAUGAUUUAACUACUCAAACUACAAUAUCUAAUUCCAAUCAAAAUUCAUUAUUAUUACACAAUGUAACAACAGCUGCAUUAGUUGGUGCAGGUCGAGCUGGAGCUAAUGCUGCUGCAGCAGUGGCAGCGGCAGCCGCUGCAAACCCCACGGCAUCAGAAGUAACAACAACAACGACAGUCAUAUCUACUGGGACAUUAGAUGUUAUGUCGUCUAGUAAUAAUGAUAUGUUAAUUGAUACUUGUCCAACAACAGUUUCUCCGGUAGAUACUUCAAAAGAUGCAAUGAAUGAUACACAGUUUAACAUCAUAAUGGAGAAUUCAUGGCGUCAACCAGAGAAAGGUAUUCUAAAGAAUAAAAAUGAAGGAGGUAGUUACAAUGUGAAUAAUUCGUCGUCGACCAACACUUCCACUAAUCGCCGACAUCAUAGGAGAUCUUCAUCAUCAAUUAAUCAUAAAAAACAUCAUCAUCAUCGUCAUAGAUCACCAUCAUCAUCGGCAGCAACCGGUAGUCAUCAUCGAUCCAGGCAUAAACAUUCAAAAUCAUCACGUCAUCAUCAUACUACUCAUAAUACUAUGGAUAAUAAUGAUGCCGGUAUUAUGAAAAGAAAUGACUCAUUCUCUGAUUGUUCUUGCCAUUUACAUGAAAAUGAGAAAAAAUUGAGAAAACAUCAAAAUCAUCAUCAUAAUCAUACUCGGAGAUUAUCUCGACGGGGUAAUAAUAUUGUAACUAGUCGUUCAAACAGUGUAAAUGACGGAAGUUCACACUUAGAAUUUUGUGCAGCGUUAAAUGAUAUUAAUGGUAAUGAUGAUAGAAGCCCAAGUGGUAGUUCAUCUCUAUCAAGUCAUGGUUUAGAAUUUUUAUCAAGUCAUUCAUCAUCAUCGUCAUCAUCAUCAUUAUCUAGAACAUUAGCUACAUCGUCAUCAUCAUCAUCGUCUUCUACAUCAUCAUCAUUUACUGAUUUAAAUUCUCAUUGUCAUCAUCAUCAUCAACUUCGUCGUCAUCAUUCACAUUCUAAUCCUCAUUGUCACAAAGAUCAUGAUAAUAAUGAUGAUGUACAAAGUUUAAGUUCAUCAUUCACUUCAUCUACUACAAGUACUUGUUCAACUGCUUUAGAAGUUAAUGUAAUCAAAUGUAAUGAUUCACAACAACAUCAACAAAAUGGAUUAAUUAAUAAAGAUUCUACUGAUCCUAUAACAACAGAUCAUAAUCGUUCAAAACGAUUGGAUAUUAUAAAUAAUAAAUCAAAUCGUUCAAAUCAACAAUUAAAAAAGAAUUAUGAUUAUUGUUCUGAGAAUUAUCAAACUAUUCAAUGUGUUAAUAAUGAUAAUAGUAUUGGAACCGAUCCUAUUAAUAUUGAAAGAGAGGAUCAACGUAGUUCUCAUCGACACAGUCGUAAACAUCAUCGUCGUCAUUGUCGAUAUCGCAAACACCAUGGACAUCAUAAACGUCACAGUGAAUCUAAUCAGGAAAUCUCCGGAACAAUUAAUCUUACCGGUGAAUCAUUAGGAUCGUCUUCUAGUACGACUAAUAAUUGUAAUUCUGGAAUUUCCGAAGCAUCUUCAUCAUCUUCUGGACUAACGACAGUCUCUUGUCAUCGUCGACGUUCAAGAACACGAAGUAUAACAGAUGAAGAUUGUACAACUUCCGGUUCACGAAGAAGUAGUCCUUUACCACCAGCUCCAACAAUAUUAUGUAAUGUAGGCCAGCAAACUGAUGAGUUGAGUUUAUUGAAAGUAGCUGGUCUUACAAUAUCGUCUAAAACUGGUGCUAAUUCUGAAUCAUCGAAUAAUAAUAACAAUAAUAUCAAGAGUAAUAAUGAAAAUCGUAAAUCUUAUUUAGAUUCUGAAGGUGAAUGGGAAGAAGUUGAAUGUAAUGAAUCAGGUUGUGAAGAAUGUCAAAAUUCAAUUCACACAACAACGACUACUACUACUGAUAAAAGUAUUAAUAGUCAUGGAAAUAAACAAUCGAAACAUUUAACAACUACAUCACCUCCUAUCCUUUCUUCACCUUCUCAUCCAACUAUUAUUUUGCAAAAUAGAAUAAAUCAAUUACAUUCAACAUCAUCGAAUAAUUUCAAUCCAUUAUGUGUAACAUUAAAUAACCAACAACAACCAUUGUAUAAUCUAUCAACUCCCCCGACUAAUUCAUCUUUAUCGAUGAUCAAUAGUAAACAACAAUCGAAUUCAACUAAUUCAUCGUUAGGUUCAUCGAAAACAUCACGAUCUGCUGGUGGAUUUAGUAGCAGUGGUGGAAGUACUGGUUUAGCAAAUUUAUCAUCACCGCCACUACCUCCUCCAUCAUCUUUAUCGACCAAUAAUCCUAUUAAUACCAUCACGACAACUACUAAUACCAAUAAUAGUAUUAAUGAUAAUAAUCAUUCAAAUGUAACUUCUAUGCAAUUACAACAAUACAAACAAUCACAGUUAUCAGGAAUAAAACAACAACAAUAUAUCGGUAUGAUGAACAACAAUAAUCAAACGAAAUUUAAUUCAGAAGAAUAUACUGGUCAACAUAGUGAACCAGAAGUGGAUGCUCAUUUAAACAUUGGAUCAAUGAUAAAUCGUCAAAUAAAUGAACAACAAAAUUUAGUCAAUAAAUUACAAACUGAUUCUAAUCAUCAUCAUCACCAUCAUCAACCACCACCACCACAACAACAACAUUAUAAUCCGUUUUAUCUACCAUCAAAAUCAUCUGUAAAGAAUACAUAUGCUCAAUCAUCAGAAUCACAAUCUCAAUUAAAUAACUUAUUAUUACAUCAACAACAAGUCAAGUCAUCCAUUCAAAAUAAUAAUAAUAAUACUAACAAGCCUAAUUCUUUACAAUUAUUCACUUCACCUGAAAUAAUUCAUAGAAGUGUUAAUAAUAUGACAAACAACCGAUCUGUGUAUGACUCAAGUCUUCAAAUGAUGGAUAAUAAUAAUACUCAUAAUAAUAUACAAGGUAACUUGGAGUUAUACUAUCAACAUCCAUAUGAAGAUGUUGCUACAGAUGAUUAUGCUGAAACUAAUAGUCAAUUAAAUUGUACAUCUCUACAACAAAAUCAAUCUUUUAACCAAUCACUUUUAUCUCAUUAUCCACAAAAACAGUUUCAAUCGUAUUUAUCACCAACUGAACCAUCACUACCACCACUACCACCAACAUUAACACCUACACAACAACAUAUAUAUCAUCAACAUGAUGGUUGUGGUCCAUUAUUAUUACCACCAAUAUCUACUAGUUCUAUGUUGUACAAUAAUGAAGUGAACAAUCGAUUCGGUUAUUCAAGAACGGCAACAUUGGAUGAAGAUGAUAAAUUAAGUUUAGAUGAAGACAGUGAAAUGAUACACUUUACAAAUUCACAAAUGAAUAAUAACAAUUCAGUUAAUAUUACUAUGACGACAACAACAAUGAGUACUAUUACUACCACUGCUACUAAUAUUAGUAAUGGUGGUAAUAAUAAUAAUACUCACUUGAGUAGUAUGUUUAAUCCAUAUACUGUUGCGUUUAUCAAUAAUACUCCAUCAAAUUAUAUUCAAUCGAAUCCAUCACACCAUACUACUUUAUCACAUUUUAAUCCAUCAUAUUCUGUUUGGAAUACUAAUGAUUCAAUUCAUCAUCGUAUGAAUAAUAAUAGUAAUAUUAACAACAAAUAUAGAAUAAAUGAUAAUCCGUCAAUCAUUUAUCCUAGUGAUCAAAUGAAUAGUGCCAAAGAUGGUGUUGUUGGUAUUACAGGUUCCAGUGGAAUUACACAUCCUCUAUUAAAUGAUAUUGAUGAUGUAGGCAGCGAUUUUAGUUUGUCUGCUUUUCGUCGUAGUGAUGAUAUUUGUACUCCUUCAUCAUUAUCAAAUCGAAUAUUCAAUAAUAACAAUGGUAAUAAUAAUGAUCUCAUUAUGAAUAAUCUCCUACCAUCAUCACAAACCACACAAUUACAACAUAAUAAUUAUCAACAACAAUCUACGGAACAUCAUAGUUCUAGUGAUAUUGCUGGCAUGAUGGAUGUUCGUAGUAAUGAUGGAACAUGUGAUGAAUCAGAUGCUAGUUCACUACCGGAACAAGGCUGUGAUUUAAUGCAUUUAGCUCAAUUACGUAUAUCAGCUAGACCGAAUCCACUAUUAAACGAUUUAGCAAAACAACAGGUACAAAGAAACAACAAGUAGACAGUAAUACUCUCUCUGCCUGUGUGUGUAUCUAUGAUUUUUCAGCAUAAUUCAUUUGACAACAAUAAUGCAACGAUAGCAACUACCACUAUUACCAACAUCAAUGAUCAUUUCUUAAUACAAAUCAUGAUCUUUUCAAAAUUUAAUUUAGAUAAGAGCUGAAUAAAAGUGAAUACUCUUUUUUUUUACUUCCAUACACCAACUUGUGCAUUAUACACACGAUCUCUCUCUCUCUCUUCCUCUAGGAGGUAAUAAAAUGGUGCUCUUUUUUUGUUCUAUGUGUGAUGUUGUUAUUUUGUCUGUGACCGAUCGCAUUUGAUUCUUUUCUUUUUUCGUUAAUUUUUGUUUUGCCUUAUAACAUUGUAACUAUGGUUGUUUAUAUCUAUAUACAAAUACAGAAUUAUUAUUAUUAGGGAUUAUUAAUUUCUAUAUUUAUAAUUAGUUUCUAUGUGUAUUUCGAUAGUUGGGUUUCUCGUUUGUUUGUUUGUUUUUGUACAGUUUUUUUUAUACGUAAUUUUCUCUUUUUUUUAUACACAAAAAAAUGUUUCUUUUUAACCAGUUUAAAUAUUUUCAUUUAUAUACAUAUACAUAUAAAUCUAUUAACUUAUUGUUAGCUGAUGAUAAUGAUGAUGCUAGGCGAUAAUUCUCUUCAUUAGCCUUAAUUAUCCGUUUCUAUAUUGAAGAUUCAUUUAUUUUCUUUCUAUUUAGUCUUGUUCUUCGUUUUCUUCUUUGUUUCACUGGGGGGGGUUACUUUUUUGUUACGCAAUUCUUUUAAAUAAGAAACUGAAUUGCUUAAAUUAUUGACCAUUAAAUAAUGAUAACAGUGUAAAGGGUUUAUGUGUAUCUGUGUACGUACAUGCGCUCACUCACUUGUUCCUUCCUUUCAAACAUUAAAAUAGACAUUGGAAUCGAAGAAGAAAAGCGAACUACAAGUAGCAAUAUUGUUCUUUUUUCUAAUAACCAUUAUUAUUUCAAUUAUCCAGUUGGAAUUUGUUUUUUUUUAUCAUUCUUAGACCAUAUUGAAUUGUAUUUAAACCUUAAUCAUCAAUAUUCUUCUUCAUUGAGACAUUUUUUUAAAACUUGUUCAAUUUUUUUAUGACUGUUAAAGAGAAUAAUACAUAAAAAGAGAAUUUGUAUUUUAUUUCAUGAAUGAAAUGUGAAAUCAAUCAGUGCGGGGGGGAGGGGUAAGGAUGUCCUUCUUUCUUUCUUUUUUUUUAAACCUUGGGACACUCAAUCAAUCAAUAAAGAAUUACUAUCCAUUAAUAUUGUUACUAUGUCAAUAUGUUUUUUAUUAUUAUUAUGUAAAUGAAGAAAUGCAUUUCAAUUGUGUAUUUGAUCGAUCUUUUAUUCUUUAUUAUUAUGAUGAUGAUCAUCUUAAUUCUUAGCCUUUUUAUUUGUUUUUAUGAAUCAUUUUAUUGUUUGUAUUAUACAUGAUUGUUUUGUCACCAUUUUUUGGAAAUUUUAAUGAUUUAAGAACAGUUUUAUUGUUCAUUGAAUGAAAAUCAAUAAAUGAAAAGAGGGUUUUUUC